AUGUCUUCCACAGUGAAAAAGAAGAAAACAGCCGAUACAACAAAAGAAAAACAAUUAUAUACAAUCGGCCAGAUCAAAGAACUUCAAAUGCUCAAUUUUAUGUGUCAUAAAAAUUUUUCUAUGAAAUUUCAUCCAACUCCCAUGCAAAUCGUUACCGGUGCAAAUGGUUCAGGGAAAUCAACCAUAGCCAAUGCUAUUUGUCUUUGUCUGGGCGCUCAAGCAAGAACUACCGGUCGAACAGCAAAUGUUCAAUCGUUCAUCCGUAAAGGAGAAACUUCUGCAGAAUUGACGAUCACAUUAGCCAAUGAAGGUGCUGAAGCGUAUAAACCUGAACUUUAUGGAAAAGAAAUUCAGAUCGUACGAAGGAUCUCUGCAGCUCGAUCAUUCUACAAAGUACUGGGUGAGCAUCGUAAGAUCAUUGGCAGUGGGAAAGAAACUGUUGCUGAAAUUAUUCAAGCAUUAUCAAUUUCACCCGAAAAUCCAUUAUGUGUUUUGCAUCAAGAAAUCGCCAAAACGUUCUUGUUGAACAGUGAUGCUCGAAAGAAGUAUCAAUUCUAUAUGAAAGUGUCUCAAUUGGACCAAAUCAAACAAGCUUAUGAAGAAGCCGUUUGUACUGUACAAUCAAUUAGUCAACGAAUAAAUAUGAUGAAAGAAAAACAUGUUGAUAUGCUUCGAGCAAUGGAACCAUUAGAUCAACAAGUGAAAAAGAUUGAAAUCCGUCGUGACCAAGAAGAGAAUAAGCACAAAUUAGAAGUAGAAUUAAUCGUAGCACGUGGCAACGAAGCUCAACAAGAAUUGUCGACGAUAAAAAAUGAACUAGAUCAAACACAGAAGAGCAAAGAUGAAACAGAAAAGCGAUUCACCGAAAUAACAAAUCGAAUGAACGAUCUCGAUCGAAGAAUAAAAGAGUUUUCGCUCGAUAAAGAAGACGUGGAAAAAGAUCUUUCCGGUCCCAACGGUCUGCGGGAAUUGAAUUAUCAAUUUUCCAAAGAAAAGAAAGAAAUUGAAUUGUUGAUUUACCGAUUAUCACGUGACUGUGAAAAAUGUCAUCAAUCGCUAACUGAAAUCGAAGAGGAGCAAAAGCGCUUGAAAAAACACAUGGAUGAACAUCAAAAUCUGAGCCAAGAGUCGAAUCAAAGCGAUCGCGAACGUCUGCAGGUUGAAAAUGAAAUUCAAACUCGUGAAAAUCAACAAUUACAAUGGAAUAAAGCGAUGACGACCUACACCGAAGAAAUCAAUGCAAAUAACGAAACUAUUCGUACUAAAAAAUCAACACUUGAUCUCAUUCAAAACGAACUGAAACAGAAAAAACAAGAACUCGAUGAAUUGGAAAAACUGGAAAAAGAUCGAGCAAGUGCUUAUGGAGCAUGGAUGCCUGAUUGUCUCAAGGCUAUUCAAAACGACAAUAGAUUUAAGAAGAAACCUAUUGGACCUAUCGGUCGAUAUAUACGUUGUACUGAACCACGUUGGGCCUAUGCUGUAGAAAAACAUUUGGCAUCGAUUAUGUCAGCAUUUAUUUGUUCGGAAUAUCAUGAUGAACGUAUUUUACUGGAACUAUUUGCAACCUAUGCAAGUGGAUAUCGUCCAGUGAUUUUCACGAUGAAAUAUCGAGACAGAACACCAGAUAUAUCUGGCACACUGGAACGAAUAAGCCGUGCGAAUCUUUUGUCGUUUUAUCACGUUCUCAAAAUUGAGAAUGUUGUGGUUGAAUGUGCUCUGAUCGAUUUGAAGCAAAUCGAAGCGACGAUUUUGAUAGAGAAUUUAGAAGCUGCGAAACAACUUCGACGAACUGGUGCUCUGCUUUGGGAAAGUGUCAAUAACAAGGUGAAACGAGUUGUAGAAGCAUGGACAUGCGAUGGUUCGAAUGUGAAACUGGACAAGGCGUUUCGAAUUUACACAAAUGAUCGACAACCGCUUCGAUACUUCUCAUCAAAUACUACACAGUCGUUGUCGAACGAAGAAUUAAAUAAAGAGAUAAAAGAUUUACACGAACAAGUCAAUCAAACGAAUGUAUCAAUUGACGAUUUAAAAGCACAACGACAAAGAGCGGUCACUGAAUUAGAAACGAUGAAGAAAUCAAGCGUAGAAAAUCAAAAGAAACUGAAAGAGUUGAUGAAGGCAUUAGAUCGAAUAAACUCCGUCAUGCCAAUCACGUACGACUUCACUACGGAAGAAUUGGAAGAAAAGAUGAACGAAUGUAAUCUCGCUUAUAUAUCAGCAAAGGCGAAAUUUGACGAAGCCAUAAAAGCAAAAGAAUUGAAACAUCAAGAUCUCGUUGAUACCACGCAAAAGUAUGAAAAUAUCGUGAAAAAGGUUGAGUCGAAAACGAAAGAAAUCAUGGAUAUUGACGAGAAAAUAGUCGAAGAACGAUCGAAAUAUCAGGACAUGAAUCAACAGAUAUCACGAUUAACAAAGAAAUCAACUCAAUUGAAUGAAGAUAUUGAAAAGUAUGAAGAAAGAAUAGCUGAUUUAUCCAAAAAACUCCCUAAGAAAUCCAAAGCAUCGAAGUCAACAAACCGUUCUGUUCGUGAGAUUCAACUCGAACUCGAUGGAAUCAAUCAUUUUCUCACAUCGAAUGAAGACACACAAGAACAACGUCGACAAGUUAUUGAGGAAUUCAAAACCAAACGAGAUGCGGCUUCGACUUUUAAAAAGCUUUGCGACCGAUGCCAAGCACAACUAAAACAUCUUGAAACGUUUGUCAAUAAACGUAAGGAACGUUUUGGUAGAAUCGCUGAUCAACAUCAAUUUUUACUUCGACGUAAAUUUGAAGAUUUGAUGGAGAAACAUUAUUUCAACGAUUGCGAUAUUAAAAUUGAUCAUAAACGUGAAGAACUUGAAAUUAUUAUCAAAAAGAAUCAGCGUAGCGUAGCUUCGUUAUCCGGUGGUGAACGCUCGAUAUCGACAUUCUGCUUUCUGGUUGCUCUUUGGGGGUCGAUUUACCAACCAUUUCGACUACUUGAUGAAAUUGAUAUUUAUAUGGAUAAUGAAAAACGUAACUCGUCUCUUGAACUUCUCUAUGAAAAUACUCGGUAUUACUCGUCUUCCCAACACGUUAUCUUUACUCCACAAGCGAUUGAUCCACAAGUAUGGAAAACUCGUGAAGUACCCAUAUUUUGUAUGCCAACGCCGAAACGUUCUUUGGAAUAG